AUGCCAAGUCUGCAGGAUCUCCCCAGCGAGUUGGUCGCCACGGUUAUCGACCACAUCGAUCCUGACAAGGCUUCGCUCUCACGUCUCGCCCAGACGAGACGGCGCUUUCACACAAUCGUGAUGCCCCGUCUCAACCGGGACGUGGUGAUCCGGAACAACCAGGGGUUGGCCUACAGAGCGAUGCUUGGUCGGCUCCCCGGCAUAGCAUCUGCCGCCAUGAAGUCUUUAACCGGACUUGAGAAUCUCACGGUCAAAGGGGGUGGGCCGGCCCUAGACAGCCAACCAUUUCGAGUUCACAAAUGGCAUGUCUUUCGCCGCCAUUUCCUGGCGGCUCUAAAGGAAGGAGCCUUAGCCCAUCUCAGGACAUUGGAACUAAACCUGACCGAUAACGAGCCAUGGUGCUGUGAUAUUGAUGCCUUCAUGAGCCACCCGACCCUCAAGAAACUGUCUAUUCUCGGGGCUCAUAUUUCUUGCUGUGGCUUUCCUGUCCCUUUUACUCGUAGUACUGCUCUAGAAGAGUUGACCCUUCUGUGCUGCGACUUCAGUGCGGAGACACUGGCCCGAGCCCUCGCUGUACCAAAGGGUCUCCGAAGCUUCACUUGUAAAGGUGAGGUCCGUGAGAGUCCCAACGACAGCAAUGAACCCAGGAGUGACCCUAAAUCUUAUAUUGCGGCACUCAGUCAGCAUAAGGUGACUCUGGAGUCGCUCGACAUCAACUUCUGGCCCUUCGAAGAUCGUUAUUCCGACCCCCUGGACAUGCGCGCAUUCUCCAAACUCCAAAGACUCACAGUCCGAGUCGAAGAGCUUUACAGCCGCAUGCUCUAUCGACUCCCACUUCCAGAGUGCCUUCUCCCGCGCAGCCUUCAAGAGCUCGUUCUCUGGACUACGCUGUAUGAUUCAUCUGAGCGCAUUCAAGAAGAGGUCAGGAAAGAGAUCGAUCGCUGGCUGGAUCAUCUGCCGAACCUCCAAUCCCUCAUUCUUGAAACUGGGACACCGAUUAUAUUCGAGUACGGAUACCCGGCUCUGCAUAGACAGGUUGACGUUCGCUGGCGCCGAUUCAUGAAUGAUAGGUACUGGCCGCUCGACUGCUCGAACUGCCAUUAUCAGCUUACCGUGGCGAGACACCCUGAUAGGCCGAGUGAGAAUAUUUAG